CCGCGCGGCGGGCGGCGCUGUGGCGCUGUGGCGGUGCCGGUGUCGGUGUGGCCGCGUCUCCCCGCCGCCGCCGCCGCUCCGCCGGCCCCUCACCGCCGGGCAAGAUGGCUGCCGUCCGCAGGGCCCGCCGCGACUCCCGCUGCGUGGUGCGCUUCUCCGACCGAGAACUCUGCUAAGUGCCCCCCGCGGGGACCCGGCGGGACGAGGGGAAGGGGGCACGGAGCCCCGGCACGGGACGGAGCCGCCCGAGGGCCGGCAGCAUGAAGCUGAAGAAGAUUGUCACUCUGACUUGGUAAGAACUGAUGACAACGAAAGAUCUGGUGAAGCAAAUCUUCAGGCAGAGCUCCAGAUGUUCAGAGCUCAGUGGAUGUUUGAGCUUGCCCCAGGUGUGAGUUCUAGUGGGUUGGAAACUCCGCCAUGCAGAGCAUCGCCAAGAGGACCUGGAGUGAAGUCUGCAGAUACCAGAGGGAAACAGGAGAUAGCAAAAGAGGAAAAGGCAAAAGAACUUUUCCUGAAGGCGGUAGAAGAAGAACAAAAUGGGGCCCUUUAUGAAGCCAUCAAGUUUUAUCGUCUAGCCAUGCAGCUUGUACCUGACAUAGAGUUUAGGAUCACCUAUACACGGUCCCCAGAUGGUGACGGAGUUGGAAAGAGGUGUGUUGAGGAUAACGAAGAGGAUGGCAAAAUGGCUGAUCUCCUGUCAGAUUUCCAGCAACAGUUAACUCUUCAGGACUCUUCCGUCAAACUUUGUCAGCCUGAGCUUGAUGUUAACCAGACCCAUAUCUCAGCAUUGCCUUUGGAAGUACUGAUGUACAUCUUCCGAUGGGUGGUUUCAAGUGACUUGGACCUAAGAUCAUUAGAGCAAUUAUCUCUUGUUUGCCGAGGAUUUUACAUUUGUGCCAGAGAUCCUGAAAUCUGGCACCAAGUCUGUUUGAAAGUGUGGGGCAGGAGUUGCAAUAAGCUUGUUCCAUAUUCUUCUUGGAGGGAAAUGUUUUUGGAAAGGCCUCGCGUUCGAUUUGAUGGUGUGUACAUCAGCAAGACAACAUACAUACGCCAAGGAGAACAAUCUCUUGAUGGUUUCUAUAGAGCAUGGCACCAAGUGGAAUAUUACAGGUAUUUGAGAUUCUUUCCAGAUGGUCAAGUUAUGAUGCUAACAACUCCUGAAGAUCCUCAAUCCAUCGUUCCUCGCUUACGGACUAAAAAUACAAGAACGGAUGCAAUCUUACUUGGCCAUUAUCGUCUUUCCCAGGAAACAGACAAUCAAACCAAAGUAUUUGCUGUAAUAAUGAAGAAAAAGGAAGAGAAACCAAUUGACUACCACAAAUACAGGUACUUCCGUCGUGUUCCUGUACAAGAAACAGAUCACAGUUUUCAUGUAGGGCUGCAGUUGUGCUCCAGUGGGCGCCAGAGGUUCAACAAACUGGUUUGGAUACAUCAUUCUUGUCACAUAACUUACAAAUCGACUGGUGAGACAGCAGUUACUACUUUUGACAUUGACAAGAUGUACACCCCUCUGUUCUUUGCACGAGUGAAGAGUUUUACUGCAUUCUCAGAAAAGCCGCUCUAAGAAACACCUUUUCCUCUCACAACUCUUGCAUGAAUAAAAGGUUGUAGCUAAUGAGCACUUAAGUUAUAAAUGUGUAUAUAUUUGGAGCAUUUUAAAAUUCUGGGGUUGGUAGUUUUUUCUGUUUCUUUUUUCUGAAGGCAGUAUGUUCCAUUUGAUUAUGGCUGGGGAUUCGUUUUGAGAUCAAGCUUAAACACCUUUAUGUUGUGACAAGAAUUUGAUAACAAAGUUUUUAUUUUUUUUAAACAGAUUUUAUAAAUCAGUCUGCUUAAAAUGUGAGUCUUCAUCUGCCCGGACACUGGUUUGUCCAAAAGGAAUUGUUAUAGGAAAAUCUCAUUGUCCACAGGACAGUGCUUGUGGUCUCUGGUGAAGGCUUGACAUGUGAAGGGGAGAAAGCUGUUUUAUAUUUGUUAAGCUGUGUGACUUAAAAGAACUUCAAAUAAAUGUUUUCUUUAAAUUAAAUUUAUUUUGUUUGCCUUCAAGAUCUGGCAUUAUGUUGACAUCAACCUUAAGGAAAAAACAAUCCAGGGCAAGCAGUCACGAAUAUAAUGUUUAAAUGCAGAGGUACAUCCCCACCAAUGCAGUGAUUCCAGCUGGUCUUAAACGUAACUUGAGCUUUACACAAGUUCAGUGGAGCCUGCCUUCUCAACAGGAUGGACGUAAAAGGGAGGAGGACGUGGGCAGCGAGCUAUCCUCUUGUACUGUAGGCCAAGCUGGCAGGGUGCGUGGCUCUGCUUGGGAAGUGUCACAGUGCAGUGGUGAAACGCUUGUGUGUGUACUGCUUCUGCGUUGGCAAGGUCUGACUGCACGGGUAAGCAGGCCUCACUUAAACGUGUUUGUAACGUGCUAUAACCCUUCAUCUAACCUCGCUACAGAUGCUGUAAAUCCUUUGAGCAUUUGUUGUACUAAGAUAAAUUGUGAGGCUGCUGUAGAUGUUCAGGUGCUGUGUACUGCUAAUCAUGAAGUGUACCUUGAGAUUGGUGCAGCUACCGUAUGCUGCUUCUCCUGCAUAUAUUGCUUGGGGGUGUAGUGCAGACACUGUAAUACAGCUUACCAUAUGUAUCUCGGGUUCUGAAAGAGCUGCAGCUUUUUAGUGUAGUUUUUUAAAGCCAUUUUGCAUAAUUUGCCUUUGAACAUCUCAUUUCGAAAUACGGACCUGGACUUGAGAACUGAAGUCUGAAAGAGCUGCGGAAAGAACUAUUCUUGUUCCAUAAUUUAUAAAGUGUAUCUUUGCAAGAAGCUACACGAUUAAAAAUACAUCAAUAAAUCAUGAUUUUGAACACACAA